ACGGCGGUGGCCGAGCCGGGUGUCCCUGGGCCCAGCGGCAGCCUCCGCACCAGGGUCCCAACGCCCGCAGGGGGCCUCCCCUGGGGUCCUACCCCCACGCCUGAGGCCCGCCGUCCCGCCACCCCAGGAAGCCUGAGCGCGGAGGCCCCGAUAUAGUUCCGGGUCCGCUGACCCAGACUCUGGCCUCCACAAGCCCAGGCCGCCCGCCGCCCGCCCCCUCCCGCCGGCACCGCGCUAGGCAGCCGCGCCCCGUGGGGUCCUUCAGGCGUCGACCGGCCAGCCCUCGCGGAGGUCCUAGCGCCGUUGCGUAGCAGCUGUGGGGACGCGGCCGAGUACGAAGCCGAUAGGAGCCCCCUCCCCUGAGCUGAGCCAGGGGCCAAUGGCCAGGGACAAAGCAAACCCCAGUGAGCUGGACCAAGAGAAAUAUGAUGCUGAUGACAACGUGAAGAUCAUCUGCCUGGGGGACAGCGCUGUGGGCAAGUCCAAACUCAUGGAGAGAUUUCUCAUGGAUGGAUUUCAGCCCCAGCAGCUAUCCACGUACGCCCUGACCCUGUAUAAGCACACAGCCACUGUGGAUGGCAAGACCGUUCUUGUGGACUUUUGGGACACAGCGGGCCAGGAGCGAUUCCAGAGUAUGCACGCCUCCUACUACCACAAGGCCCACGCCUGCAUCAUGGUGUUCGAUGUGCAGAGGAAAGUCACCUAUAAGAACCUGGGCACCUGGUACACAGAGCUUCGGGAGUUCAGACCAGAGAUCCCGUGUGUCGUGGUGGCCAAUAAAAUCGAUGCUGACAUAAAGGUGACCCAAAAAAGCUUCAAUUUUGCCAGGAAGUUCUCCCUACCCCUGUACUUUGUCUCAGCUGCUGACGGCACCAACGUGGUGAAGCUCUUUAACGACGCAAUUCGAUUAGCUGUGUCCUACAAGCAGAAUUCCCAGGACUUCAUGGAUGAGGUUUUGCAGGAGCUUGAGAACAUUGAUUUGGAGCAGAAAGAGGAGGACCAGCUAGACCAAGAGCAGCGUGGCAGCCCCAAGAGCCUGCCUCCCUCCUGAGCCCGAGGAUGCCUCUCCCCUCACAGCUCCGGCUCUGAACUGAGAAACUUCAUGGCCUUCCACACCCAACCCUCUACAGCCAUCCCCUGUGCUAAAGGACAGGGACAGGGCAGCACCAGCAACUCCCUGACACAUGGAGGUCCGUCCACUCCAGACCCCGCCCAGGAUUGAGGAUCAGUCCCCCUCUAGGGUUGGACAGAGAAGAGAAUCUGGGAACCUGCUUCGUGUGUCUCUUAAAUAAAAGGAAAUUUAGGUGGGUUUUUUGUCUCCCAGAAUAGUUAAAAGCCCGACUUCAGCAUGAGGCAUUCAUUCCCAUUCCAAGCAGCGGUGGGACGUGGUUCCCCGGGCAGCCAGAGCACAGACAUGCCCUUCUCUCCAGUGCCUGUGGCUCACUGAUGUGCUUAGUGAUCAUCUUGUACGUCAUUUCUACUGUAUUUAUUUAUUCUGUUUUCCUUUUACAGUAAAGGUUGAAUUACAUAACCAUUGAA